AUGGAGCUCGGGGGCCUCGGGGCGCCGGCGCCGGCGUUGCCACUGCUGCUGCUGCUGGGGGUCGGCCUCCUGCCGGGGAACGGCCAUGCGGAGCCCCGGGCGCACGCAGAGGAGAGGCUGCUACGCAAGCUUUUCUCUGGCUACAACAAGUGGUCCCGGCCCGUGGCCAACAUUUCCGACGUGGUCCUUGUCCACUUCGGCCUGUCCAUCGCCCAGCUCAUCGACGUGGAUGAGAAGAACCAGAUGAUGACCACCAACGUGUGGGUCAAGCAGGAGUGGCAUGAUUAUAAGCUGCGCUGGGACCCCAGCGACUAUGAGAACAUCACCUCCAUGCGCAUCCCCUCUGAGCUCAUCUGGCGGCCAGACAUCGUCCUCUAUAACAACGCCGACGGGGACUUUGCAGUGACACACCUGACCAAGGCCCACCUGUUCCACGACGGGCGGGUGCAGUGGACGCCGCCGGCCAUCUACAAGAGCUCCUGCAGCAUCGAUGUCACCUUCUUCCCUUUCGACCAGCAGAACUGCACCAUGAAGUUUGGCUCCUGGACCUACGACAAGGCCAAGAUCGACCUGGUGAGCAUGCACAGCCGUGUGGACCAACUGGACUUCUGGGAGAGCGGCGAGUGGGUGAUCGUGGAGGCCGUGGGUACCUACAACACACGCAAGUACGAGUGCUGCGCCGAGGUGUACCCUGACAUCACCUACGCCUUCGUCAUCCGCCGCCUGCCACUCUUCUACACCGUCAACCUGCUGCUGCCCUGCCUGCUGCUCUCCUGCCUCACCGUGCUGGUCUUUUACCUGCCGUCGGAGGGCGGCGAGAAGGUCACGCUCUGCAUCUCCGUGCUGCUCUCGCUCACCGUCUUCCUGCUGCUCAUCACGGAGAUCAUCCCGUCCACCUCGCUCGUCAUCCCGCUCGUGGGCGAGUACCUGCUCUUCACCAUGGUCUUCGUCACACUCUCCAUCAUCAUCACCGUCUUCGUGCUCAACGUGCACCACCGCUCGCCACGCACACACAGCAUGCCAGCCUGGGUGCGCCGCGUCUUCCUGGACCUCCUGCCCCGCCUGCUGCUCAUGCAGCGCCCGGCCAAGGGCAGCUGCCGCCGGCUGCUCGAGGCCAUGCAUGGGGGUGUGGGUGGCGCCCCGCGCCCCUGGCCGCCUGGGACCCUGACGGUGGAGGCCCAGCCACCCUGCACUGCUGCCUCGCCCUCCCACGAGAGGCCCCCAGAGGUUGAAAAGCUCAGCCCCUGCCUCUCCCCAGAGCUUGUCAAAGCCCGGUCCCCAAGCGUCCAGCACACACCCCGCCCCAGCGAGGCAGCCGAGGGUGGCGUGCGGUGCCGGUCCCGCAGCGUCCAGGUCUCCUCUCCCCUCGAGGACGACACCUCCCAGACGGCUGGCUGCCCAGGACUCCUGGCCCCACCCUCCUCAUGUGGCUGCACCUGCCGGCAGGAGCUGCCCCCUGCAUCCCCUGGCCCCACGCUCAAGGCACCACCCAGACCCCUGUUGCUGUCCCCAGCCCUGACACGGGCGGUUGAGGGUGUCCAGUACAUCGCAGACCACCUGCGGGCGGAAGACAUCGACUCCUCGGUCAAGGAGGACUGGAAGUACGUGGCCAUGGUCAUCGACCGCAUCUUCCUGUGGGUGUUUGUGCUGGUCUGCCUGCUGGGCACUGUGGGCCUCUUCCUGCCACCCUGGCUGGCUGGAAUGAUCUAG